CGUGAGGGGAGCGGGACCGGGCGUGAGGGGAGCGGAACCGGGAGUGACGGGAUCGGGGCCGGCAGCAGAGCCGGGAGCAGAGCCGGGAGCUCGGGAAGCAGGACCAGGAGCGGAGCCCGGAGCUCGGGGAGCGGAGCCCGGAGCUCGGGGAGCGGAGCCCGGAGCUCGGGGAGCAGAGCCGGGAGCUCGGGGAGCAGAGCCGGGAGCUCGGGGAGCAGAGCCGGGAGCUCGGGGAGCGGAGCCCGGAGCUCGGGGAGCGGAGCCGGGCGUGAGGGGAGCGGAGCCGGGCGUGAGGGGAGCGGAGCCCGGAGCUCGGGGAGCGGAGCCCGGAGCUCGGGGAGCGGAGCCCGGAGCUCGGGGAGCGGCCGCCCUCGGUGCGGCCCCGCCGCGGCCCGGCCGCUCCGGCCCGACAGCUCCGCGCCCAUGGCGGGACACGGCACGGCUUGCCACAGCAAAGGUCUAUUCUCAAACAUCUGGCUGUGGCGAGCUGUCGCUGGAGUCCUCACUGCUGCUGUCAUUUUGAUUUCAUGUAUCCAAUUUGCAAACCCUUCUCCAGCCAAAGACCUUCCUGAGUGCCCUCCCCUGGAGCUGUGUCCAUCAGGCUGGCUGUACUUCCAGAGGAAGUGUUACUACCUCUCAGAGAGGGAAGAUGCCUGGAAUUCCAGCCAGAGCCACUGCUCUUCCCACAAUGCUUCCCUCCUGGUCAUUGAAAAUCAUCAGGAGCUGAGCUUUAUGAUGAAGAUAACAAAGCAAGACCCAUGGAUUGGACUCUCUAAAAGAAAUGAAGAGUUCUUUUGGGUAAAUGGAAAAGCAUUAGACAAUAAACUGUUUGAAGUAAGAGGCUCUGGAAGCUGUGCCUAUCUGGAGUCCAAAGGAGUCUCAGCCUCAGGAUGUUAUUUAACCAGGAAAUGGGUCUGUAGCUUGAAUAUCAACUCAGCACAAUGAAGGUGGACAAAGCCACCACCCCUGGCACUCAGAGCUCUGAUAUGAUGCCUGCACAGGCUAUGUCUAUACUUUGGAACCUGGGAAUGUGUCCCAGCUCCUAGCUGCAGGUGAAUGACUUUGCUGGUAGCCAGAAUUCUCCACCCAUGGAGUAAGGCUUUAAAGAUACCAUUUAAAUGGCUCUCUUCAGCAUCUUGAGAAGUCAUUUCCUUGCCCCAUUUUUCCAUCUACUGCCCAGCUGUAGUUUAUUUUUGUUGUGUCAUCAGUAUUUCUUCCAUUUACUCUUCUUUUGUAGGAGCAGCUGCUCUUUCUUUCCUUUUUGGGUGUGUAGGUGGAGAUUUUUGUUCUGUUUUUCCUGUUGCCAGGCUCUGUGUGCAGGGAUGGGUGAUGAAGUGGGUCUGUCUGGAGGGCUGCCAGUGCCUCAUGGAUACAGGCAAUGCAGAAGUGAUCACUGUUGUUUCAGACAGGAUCACAGCAAAUUCCUCUCUUUCCAUGUGAUGGAUGCACCUUGCAUUGUAUUCCAUGUGUUGUCAAUGUUAUGUUACUUUAAUUUUGUUACAUCCUGGUGAUAAGGCUGUCAAGCUAACUUAUGCAGCUGCACUGCACCUGAAGUUAUUCUCACAACACUUUCUUUGCCAAAAAGAAGGUCACAAUAGAUAAGAGUAUUUAUUUACCUGAGCAUCUGCACUGAUGGUGGGGAGAGGAGUUGGAAGAGUGAGAGUGAAGCUGUGAGCAUUAAUGUGUAAAGGUAGAAAUAGUCUUUGGAGCAAGGAGGCAAAAUCUAUGUUUUCCUCAUGCCCUGUGCCUGGCAUGGUGUGAGGCUUCUGAGCAAGGAGGACAUUUCCAGAUGGACAGUCAGUGUUUGCAUGUGUGUGUGGCAUUUUCAGCAGCAGCCUCCAGUACUCUUGGAUUGCUGGGACCCUGAACAGAAUUAGGGCACAAACCUGAUUGUCUGAGUCCCACUCAUGUCUAGCAAGUUAUCCAAAGAUUAAAAGUGUCAUUUGACCCAGAGGAAGCUAAUUUUCCUGGAAGGAAUAUGACUAUCAAGUUUCUAGAGAAGGAAGAAUGGGAAGUUCACCUUCAUUAUUUUCUGUAACAGAAGGACUUGACUGUAGCAGGACCAUGCAUAUAGAUACUGCCAGCCACUUGUGACUUUCAGAUGUGUAUUUAAAUAUAAUCGCUAAUUUUUCUGGAUUACACUUUUCUUAAUUCCUUUUAUUCUUUAUAGGCAAAGUAACAGAACUCUACAGUAUGAAAAGCCCAAUUAUGUAUUAAUUUAUAUGUUGAGGGAGGGUGUUAUUCUGCAAUGUUUUUAAAUUAACCUGAUUCUGAAGGAUAUGGUAUGUGCAAUAGUCCUGAAAAGAUACUUAAUAAAUAUCUUUACAGACCCCCUGAA